AUUUGAGGUUAAUUUCUUCAUUUUAAUCAAUUCUUUUAAAAGCGAUACAUACAAUAUCAACAAAUUAAUUUUGCUCAUUAUUUAUUAUUGGCAUUUACUGUAAUUAUUUUUUAUUAUAUUUAUUGUAUAGCUGAUGCGUAAACACUAUUUUUACCGUUACUACGAUCACUACCUUAUUUCAUGUUAAUUUCUCAUGUUCCUUUUUGAGGUUAUGUCGAUGUUAUAUUUACUUUUCUGACAAAAAAUGUUUUAUAAAACGCAAUAUGCCUUUCAAUGCAAGUUGCAAAUUAAAAAUACGACAUAAUAUUAAGAUGGUACGUAGGAAACGCAAAUAUUUAAAAACGAAAGCACUUUUACAAUGACGACAGGCAUGAAGCUAGAGAUGCUAUUGUUGUAUAUCUUUUUUAUUUUACAAACAACAUCUAGCAAUAUCUCGAUCGAAACUAAUUUAGAAUCUCCGUUAUGUUGCAAUUUAACGACCACGGAAAAAGUCAAAAUCGAAUACAGUUCGAAAAUUAUUGAAAAUGAAUAUAUAGUAACAUUUAAUGGUUACUAUAAGAAUCAGGCAAGGGCCAGUUACAUUGGUGCUGCUUUAAAUACUUCUGGAGUUCGAAAAUGGAAAAUAUUACCCCGAGAAAAUCCCGCAAGUGAUUACCCCAGCGAUUUUGAUGUCGUUUUGUUAGAAGAAUCAGAUAAAUUUUCUGGUCUUAAUGCCCUUAAAGGACAUCCAUCUAUCAAAAGAGUGACGUCUCAACGAAUGGUUUUAAGGACGUUAAAAUUUGUUGAUGAAACUAAUAAUAGUGAAGGUUCUUGUAUAGGUGUAGGUUGUAAUAGUUGGAAAGCUCGUAGAAUUCAGAACACGCAAUUUUGGCAAGCAACAGGUCGUCAUACAAGCAGACGAUUGCUAAGGGCUAUUCCUAGACAAAUUACGUCCAUAUUGCAAGCAGACGCCCUUUGGAAUAUGGGAAUUACUGGAAAAGGCAUAAAAGUAGCUGUUUUUGACACAGGCCUUUCAAAGACACAUCCCCAUUUUCGAAAAAUAAAGGAAAGGACCAACUGGACUAACGAAAAAACUUUGGACGACGGUUUAGGGCACGGUACUUUUGUGGCAGGAGUAAUAGCAUCUAGUAAGGAAUGUCUUGGUUUCGCCCCUGACGCGGAACUCCACAUCUUCCGUGUCUUUACAAACAAUCAAGUUUCAUACACUUCAUGGUUCCUAGACGCGUUCAAUUACGCCAUUUUAAAGAAAAUUAACGUCCUUAAUUUAAGUAUUGGAGGCCCCGAUUUCAAAGACCAUCCUUUUGUAGACAAAGUGUGGGAAUUAACUGCCAACCGGGUCAUAAUGGUUUCCGCAAUCGGAAAUGACGGUCCCUUAUAUGGAACUUUAAACAACCCUGCAGAUCAAAUGGAUGUGAUUGGUGUUGGAGGAAUUAAUUUCGAAGACCAAAUAGCAAAAUUCUCUUCUAGAGGAAUGACCACGUGGGAAUUACCUCAAGGCUAUGGGCGCGUUAAACCGGAUAUAGUUACUUAUGGGGCUGGUGUAAGGGGCUCCAACAUCAAAGGCGGUUGUCGCAGUUUAUCUGGGACAAGUGUUGCGUCCCCAGUUGUAGCAGGAGCAGUUGCGUUGUUGGCCAGUGGAGUUCUUCAUAGAAGUGACAUUAUUAAUCCUGCCAGCAUGAAACAGGCCCUUAUGGCCUCAGCUAGGAGACUCCCAGGUGUUAAUAUGUUCGAACAGGGUCAUGGUAAACUUAACUUAGUUAAAGCAUACCAAAUACUUAGCAGCUAUAAACCACAGGCAAGUCUGAGUCCUAGUUACAUAGAUUUAAAUGAAUGUCCUUAUAUGUGGCCUUACUGUACCCAACCCCUUUAUUUCGGAGCCAUACCCACGAUUGUAAACGUGACAAUCUUGAACGGCCUUGGUGUAUCCGGUCACAUUGUAGGAAAACCUCAGUGGUUUCCCUAUACGCCUCAACAAGGCCACUUGUUGGAUAUUGCCAUAACAUACUCCGAAUUGCUGUGGCCUUGGUCAGGUUGGUUAGCUGUCAGUCUUUCGGUAACAGAAGAGGGGGCCACAUAUGAAGGUUUGGCCCAGGGACAUAUCAAAAUUACCAUCGAAUCCCCUCCAGCCGCAGGAGAAGCCGAAGAAAGGCAGAGUACAUUAACGUUACCAAUACGUGCAAAAAUAAUCCCAACGCCCCCCAAACACAAACGAAUUCUUUGGGACCAAUACCACAAUCUACGAUACCCUCCUGGUUACUUCCCAAGAGACAAUUUGAAGGUAAAAAAUGACCCUUUGGAUUGGAACGGUGAUCAUAUACACACCAAUUUUAAAGAUAUGUACAAAAAUCUUAGAAACGCUGGAUAUUAUAUUGAAGUUCUUGGGACUCCCUACACGUGCUUCGACGUAUCUCAAUACGGCACUUUAUUAAUAGUCGAUCCUGAGGAGGAAUUCUUCCCAGAAGAAGUUGCCAAACUGAAAAGAGACGUGGACGCCGGUCUUUCAAUUGUAAUUUUUGCUGAUUGGUAUAACGUGAGUGUUAUGGAAAAGGUGAAAUUUUAUGACGAAAAUACCAGACAGUGGUGGAUGCCUGAUACUGGAGGUUCAAAUGUACCAGCAUUAAAUGACUUGUUGGCUUCGUGGGGGAUAGCCUUUGGAGACAAGGUUUUCGAAGGAAGUUUCAUUUUUGGGGAGCACGAUAUGUACUACGCCUCAGGCACGAGUAUUGCCAAGUUUCCUCCUGAAGGAUUACUCAUUUCGAAGAAACUAAAAGACCAAGGACGUAAGUUGUUGGGCGCAGAAUCAGAAUCGGAACUAAAACACGAGGUUCCAAUCUUAGGUCUGUUACAAACGAAAGCAUCGGAUACAAGCGGUAGGGUCGCAGUUUACGGAGACUCCAACUGCUUAGACACAAGUCAUCUGGAAAGACCUUGUUACUGGAUGCUAAAUGCUAUUCUCGAGUACGCCUCUACGUCCCAUUUGCCAACGAUUUUUACUGAUAAUCGUUUAAAGAAGGACACAGUUGUCGUGGAAACGGAAAUACCUCAAAGGAUGGAAGGCAAUAGAUUGUAUAGGUAUUCUAAAGUUUUGGAAAAACAUUUGGGAGACCCACAGGCCAAACAACUACCACAAUGCCCUCGACUUGCCUGGGUAACGCCUAUUCCACUCAAUACAUCUGCACCAACGAAUCUUUAUCAGCCUCAAAAGCUUCUUGCCCUUUCUGAAGACGCUUUAAGACCUACGUUUAAUGUAGAAGACGUAAUUCGAGAAUCAGUUGAGCAAGAUAUGGAUGUAGAUGACGUUUUCGGAUGGAGAAACAAGCAGCCAGAGAUUGUAUCCGUUCAAGAAGAAAACUACAGCAUCACAACCGUCUUAAUAUGUCUCGCUUGUCUUUCAUUAUACAUUUGCAUAACAUGGUGCAGACACAGACCAAAACCGAAACGUCGAAAAAACAAAAUACGACGACUCCUCAACUUUUUGCAUUGUGGACGAGUACCAGCCGUAUGAGUAAACAUCAAUACCCGAACCUUAAUCAUCCAUUCAAACUAGUUAAAAAAACACGCCCAUACGAAUAGCGUCAAUCAAAAGACGGGCAAGGACCGCUAACGAAAACACCCAGUUUUCAUAUCGAAUCCAUGAAGAAAAUCCACACAUAAUACUUUUUAACACCAGCUAUCAGCCCACAUGUGGAUAAUUAUAAAUUCAUUGGUACUCAAAUUUUAAUUUAUUGACUUUAAGGAAUAUUAACUUAUAGUUUUCAUAUUGGAAACAACAAAUACGUUUACAUAAACGUAUAAGAAUGGUGUAUGUGGACUAAAUCAAUCAACCACUUGAAUGUGUGUCUUUUGUGACCUGGUCUAAUACAAAUAUACAUAUAUUUUUAAUUAACUUGUUCAAACUAAACAUUUUAUCUCGUCCACAUUUAUUAGUUAAUUUUACAUUAAUCAGACCUGCAUGUUUUAUUUUUAUUGAUUAGGCCUCUUUUAGUUGUUUGUAGAUUUAUAAGUAUUUUUUAUUGAUCUCACUUUUGAUUGAUUAUACUGAAAGGAUAUAUAUUUUAAUUUAGGCAUUUGUUACUUUGAUACAUACACAAAUGUCUUAAAAUUAAUUUUAGGAGAGUACAACAGAUGAACGAAAGGAUAUAUUUAUUAAUUUAUUUUAAACAAUCUAUGUGACACAGGCCUAUUAUCUUUUUUAAUUUUAAAUCAUUGAUUUGCACUUACACUUGUGAUAAUCAUAUAUACAUAGUAAAUUAUACAUAUAUAAAGGAGAGUGACCUUAUAAUGUAUAGUUAUUU